UGUCAGGGGAAGCUGAUGGAGAAUUGCUCUCUGGACCCAGGGACUCGGGACUCCUAUGGUGCCACCACCCACCUCCCCAACAAGGGGGCCCUUGCAAAAGCCAAGAACAACUUCAAAGACCUGAUGUCCAAGCUGACAGAGGGCCAGUAUGUGCUGUGCCGCUGGACCGAUGGGCUGUAUUACCUCGGGAAGAUCAAGAGGGUCAGCAGUUCUAAGCAGAGCUGCCUUGUGACUUUUGAAGAUAAUUCCAAAUACUGGGUCCUGUGGAAGGACAUACAGCAUGCUGGUGUUCCGGGGGAGGAGCCCAAGUGCAACAUCUGUCUGGGGAAGACGUCAGGGCCACUCAAUGAGAUCCUCAUCUGUGGGAAGUGUGGCCUGGGGUACCAUCAGCAGUGCCACAUCCCUAGAGCGGGCAGUGCGGACCGACCCCUGCUCACACCUUGGUUCUGCCGACGCUGCAUCUUCGCACUGGCUGUGCGGAAAGGCGGCGCGCUGAAGAAGGGCGCCAUCGCCAGGACGCUGCAAGCCGUGAAGAUGGUGCUGUCCUACCAGCCGGAGGAGCUCGAAUGGGACUCGCCCCACCGUACCAACCAGCAGCAGUGUUACUGUUACUGCGGCGGGCCGGGAGAAUGGUACCUGCGGAUGCUGCAGUGCCACCGGUGCCGGCAGUGGUUCCAUGAGGCUUGCACCCAGUGCCUCAAUGAGCCCAUGAUGUUCGGAGACCGGUUCUACCUGUUCUUCUGCUCCGUGUGUAACCAGGGCCCGGAGUACAUCGAGCGGCUGCCCCUCCGAUGGGUGGAUGUGGUUCACCUGGCCCUCUACAACCUGGGGGUGCAGAGCAAGAAGAAGUACUUUGACUUUGAGGAGAUUCUGGCCUUUGUCAACCACCACUGGGAGCUCCUGCAGCUCGGCAAGCUCACCAGCACCCCCGUGACGGACCGAGGACCACAUCUCCUCAAUGCGCUGAACAGUUACAAAAGCCGGUUCCUCUGCGGCAAAGAGAUCAAGAAGAAGAAGUGCAUCUUCCGUCUGCGCAUCCGUGUCCCCCCCAACCCCCCAGGGAAGCUGCUGCCGGACAAGGGCCUGGGGCCCACCGAGAGCGGCGGCGCCUCUGAGCUGCGUAAGAGAGGAAAGAGCAAGCCUGGUUUGUUGCCUCACGAAUUCCAGCAGCAGAAAAGGCGAGUUUAUAGAAGAAAAAGAUCAAAGUUUUUGCUGGAAGAUGCUAUUCCCAGUAGCGACUUUACCUCAGCCUGGAGCACCAACCACCACCUGGCCAGCAUAUUCGACUUCUCGCUGGAUGAAAUUCAGAGCUUAAAAAGUGCCAGCUCAGGCCAGACCUUCUUCUCAGAUGUGGACUCCACUGACGCCGCCAGCACCUCCGGCUCGGCCUCCACCAGCCUCUCCUAUGACUCCAGCUCUUUCUGUCCCGUGUGUGUGUUGCACGCACACGCACGCCUUUCUCCAGUCCAGGCUCUGGGGACAAGGUCCAUUAGUGUGUCGGUCCUGUCUGCCCACACCACUGGACGCCUAGCUGCAAACGAGUCCAGGAGCACCCAGGGAAGGGACCAAGUGGCACCAGCAGGGCCUCUGCAGGCAUGCUUUAGUGGGGGGCACACCCUCGUCGGAAUUCCGGGCUCACUGCUCCCCCGCAGCCAGUUUUUCCUCCUCCCGAGCCUCCUCUGGCCUGUGGGGAGGACCCAGGGACAUACUCCAUCCCCCGCCAGGCCCCAGGGCCUGGCCCAGUGCCCGGUGCCCGGUGUCCGGGGUGCUCGGGAAGAGGGCUCGUCAGGACGAUCCCACCCCGUUCCUGUCGUCUCCCUCUCCCCAUGCUGACCUAGACGGACGGUGGGCAGCCGCAAGAGGAAGCUGGGGGCCAAAGCGUACCUGCCACUGCGGGCAAAGCGGCGGGCAGCCGAGCUGGGGGGGCGCUGCCCCUCAGAUAGCAGU